CGCGGGAAAUUAAACUUCGUACAUAACAUGUACAGCGAUAGAUGUCGAUCUUCAUUCCUGUAAUCUGCGAUAUUUAAGGAGAUCUUUGGAUACGACAGAAGCGACUGAUAAGGAUACACCUUUCGAAGUUUCCUAGUGAUGUCCCUUACAACUCCCCAGUUGGUACAAAAGCUGCCCCCUUCAUGGUGGGGUCUGUUUGGUGCCAUGAGGCUGGACCAUCACCAUGACAAUGCUGCUGCGAUUUGGUACCAGACUGAGGCAAACUCUGAAUAUGGUGGUCACCCAGACUGGGAUGAGCUACUGGCAGGUCUGUUGGUCAAGGAGCCAGUUUGUGAAGGAGCUGACCUGAUCUUUAAGCCAAGAUUUGUACAGCUACCCAGUGACAUACAAUGUCAUUUUCUUCGAUUUGUUUUACAACAUCGAGGAGAGAUCCCACCGAGUGGAUUGUCAGACUUUGUUGAGGAUGUUCAGUGUUACUAUGGGGCUUCAGAAUCAUGGCAAAGCGUUCUACUGAAGACAUUAGCCGCUUACAAUAAGCUAAAAAGUCAGGAGAGUGAUGAUCAACUGUCCGAAACCUGCUACACAUUUACAAGCAGGAAUCAAAAUCUAGCUACAUCGUUAUGCGACAGGCUGAAAAAAUCAACAGAACAGUGUUCCUGGAAAAAAAUUCCAGUGAAGAAAUUACCAGAAAGUCAUGAUAUUUCUGAAAUAGAUAGAAUACCCCAGAAUAUGGAAACUUGUGAUGACCAUCAUCAGAGAGACCCACCCCACUCACCUGGUGAGGCAGACCCACCCCACUCACCUGGUGAGGCAGACCCACCCCACUCACCAGGUGAGGCAUCAACUCCCACUUUCCCAGGUGUCAAGACAAUACAACAUAUGGACAAUGCUUUUCCAGCAGGUGUGAUUACCAUCCUUAGUGACGAUGACGAUGACACAGCUGAGGUGAUGAUGGAAGUUACAGAACCAUGCUCUACUGUGACUAAAGAGGGGGAUUCACAGACAGAUGCCAGUAUGAAAGCGGAACUAACUUGUAAGGACAAAGACAUUGAUCCUGUGCUACUGGGUAAAGGUGAGAAGCUAAAAGAGAGCUGGCAGAGUGGAUCUGAGACACCACCAGAGAUUGAUCUUUUCCUAAUAGCUACACCUGAUCAGAUAAAAUCGGUAGCUCUUGCAUUGAACUUUUGCUCCUUGACCGAUAGUGAAGUUUUGUCGGCAUGCCAAAGUCUGACCUCUUUGGCCAGUAUCCUUAGCGAAGCUGCAAGUGUCCAGUUCAUGAGAAGUGUAGUCCAUCCUAAGAUUGCUGAUUUGAAACAUAGUGCAUCUCGUCAACUCUUGGGAGUUAUCUCCCUUUCUGCAGAACGCUUUCCAAGAGGUUUGAUAGAGGGAGUGUUUGUCAAGUGUGUGGAGCAAGGCCUAGGUUCAGCCCAGACUGAUGUAUUCUGUAAAGUCAUCAAGACAGAUCUUCAAGAUUCAGCACGUGCACAGAUGAUAAAAAAGAUGAUAGAAUGUACCAAACGUCUGGACGAGCAUGUUGUCUGCAUUUAUCAAACUCUCAUAGAUACAAAGGUGGAACUAUCUGAAAGCAUGCUUAAAGAUAUGGUGGUUACAUUCCACACCAAUUCUUGUGGGCUGGAAAAGAAUCUCAAGUAUGGCAAACUAUUACUGGCUGUUGUCAACAAAUACGGACACAAGUUCACCAUCGAAAUCCUUGAAGUUAUGGAGAAGGAAGUACAGAAGAACGAAACGUUCCUGAGAAAGGCCUUACGUGCAGCACUGAACAAAAUAAGAAAAUGAAUAAAAAACCCAUAAUAGAUACAUUUAAAAAAAAAAUGGUUUGUGAAAUGUUUUGUAGUAUUUAUGUCCAGUUACGGUUACGAUACCAAACAUAGAUGCUUAUCAAAUACCAUGAAAGGUUUCUUAUGGCUGAU